UUCUGCCCUCCCUUACACGUCAUUGCCCUUAGCUAACAUGGAGGCUCUGCUGAAAAAGGAGUUGAGCUGCUCCCAGGUGAAGCUGUCUGGUCACUCAGGAGGAGGCUGCAUCAGCCAAGGCCAGAGCUAUGACACUGACCUGGGCUGCCUCUAUGUCAAGACCAACCACAAGGCUGAGGCAAGGAGGAUGUUCGAGGGGGAGUUGGCGAGCCUGCAAGCUAUUCAGCAAACAGAAACCAUCCGGGUUCCCAAAGCCAUGAAGGUUAUAGAUCAGCCAUCAGGGGGCGCUCUGCUAGUGAUGGAACAUAUGGACUUCAGGAGUCUUAACAGACACUCGGUAAAGCUGGGAGAGCAGCUGGCGGAGCUCCACCUCCAUAACCAGAGGCUGCGGGACAAGCUGACCAAAGAGAGUGGGACUGUGGGUAAAGGGCCUGGGCAGUCAGACCUCCAGUAUGUGGACAAGUUUGGAUUCCAUACCGUGACAUGCUGUGGCUUUAUCCCUAUCAAAAAUGAUUGGCAGGAAGACUGGGUGACGUUUUAUACCCGGCAGCGUCUGCAGUAUCAGUUGGACCUCCUGGAGGAAUCCUGUGGGGACAGGGAGGCGAGGGAGCUGUGGUCUCAGCUCCAGUUGAAGAUCCCGCAGCUAUUUGCCGGCAUGGAAAUUGUGCCGUCCCUCCUUCAUGGAGAUCUCUGGGGAGGAAACGUGGCGGAAAUAGACACCGGCCCCGUGAUUUUCGACCCUGCCACUUUCUACGGCCACUCCGAAUUCGAGCUGGCCAUCGCAGGCAUGUUUGGAGGUUUCGGAUCUUCUUUCUACUCGGCCUACCACGCCAAGAUGCCCAAAGGUCCCGGAUUUGACAAGAGGCUGAAGCUGUACCAGCUCUUCCACUACCUGAACCACUGGAACCAUUUUGGCAGCGGGUACAGAGGGUCAUCCCUGAGCACUAUGAGAAGUCUUCUGAAGUGAACGGUCAGUCUUGGACUUUGGAAGUCCUUGAAGGACGCAUAAAGGGUCCAUAGCUUAAACAGCACUCCUCCUUAGAAUUACUAAUGCAUGCUGUGCUUCCGGUGACCAACAUACGGCGCAGUAGAAAAUGGCUUGCAGUGUGAAGAUACUUGAAGUUGGACAUAUUAAAUGAAUGAAAAUUGAAUUGUAGCUGAGA